GUUUGGGACCGCUGCCUGCUUGUCCUCGUCCUCGCUGUGUUUGUCGUCGCGCUCAUCACCGACAACGAUGGACAAGGUUGUUGGUAUCCUAGGCGGCGGACAGCUCGGGCGCAUGCUCGCGCAAGCGGCGUCGCUGCUCAACGUCAACGUCGUUAUACUCGAUGUCGGAGACCACGCACCUGCGAAGCAGGUUGUCUCUCCCCGAUCUGCCGACCUCGCCCACAUAAACGGCUCGUUCACCGACCCUGCCAAAAUCCGCGAGCUGGCUGCCAAGGUCGAUGUGCUUACUGUCGAGAUCGAACACGUCGACGUCGGCGUACUGCAAAGCGUAGAAGGCUCGGUCCCUCUCGGAGUUCAUCCCAGCCCUACCACUAUCCGUGUCAUUCAAGACAAACUCGUUCAGAAGCAGCAUCUUGCAGCCCAUGGCUGUCCGGUCUCGACCUUCGUCCAAGUCGACUCAAACGCCGCAUCUGUCACCUCGAUCGCUGAACAGCUUGGGUUACCCCUUAUGUUGAAGAGUCGAACGCUCGCGUACGACGGUAGGGGCAACUACGUACUGCGCACUCUGACCGACAUACCAGAGGCGAUCGCAGCUUUGGGAGGGCGGCCGCUUUACGCAGAAAAAUGGGUUCCCUUUGUCAAGGAGAUUGCGGUCAUGGUCGUCAGAUCUGCCUCCGGGGAAGUUGCUUCGUACCCCGUCGUCGAGACAAUCCACAAGGACAACGUCUGUCAUUUGGUCUUCGCACCUCUGCGCAGCAAUGAUGCCAUGCUCGCCAAGCGUGCCCGCGAGGUCGCAGAGGCCUCAGUCAAGACGUUGGAGGGAGCUGGCGUGUUUGGCGUGGAGUUGUUCCUAAUGGAGAACGGUUUGAUCUUCGUGAAUGAGAUUGCCCCUCGACCGCACAAUUCCGGACAUUACACCAUCGAAGCGUGCGAGACGUCUCAGUACGAGAAUCAUCUCCGUGCCAUCCUGUCCCUUCCUCUCGGAUCUACCGCUCUCAAGGUCCCGUCUGCAGCCAUGGUGAACGUGCUCGGAGCAUCCAACAAUAUGGACGAAGUUACCGCCGUUGCGAGGCAUGCCCUGACUAUACCUGGUGCCGCGGUUCAUUUGUACGGCAAAUCCGAGUGCCGCAAGGGCCGCAAGAUGGGCCAUAUCACCGUAGUCGCUCCCUCCGACGCGGAACGCAGUCGGCGAAUCCGACCCUUGUUGGAACGCCUCCCUUCUCCCAGCGACGUUGUGGAGCUGGACUUCUACGCUCCCCUCGCGCCGGAAGCCGGCUCUGGUUUCCCGUACCGUCAGCCGUUGGUGGGCAUCAUCAUGGGUUCGGACUCGGACUUGCCCGUGAUGCUCCCGUCCGCUAGGAUUCUCGAUCAUUUUGGUAUUCCUUACGAGCUCACGAUUGUGUCUGCUCACCGCACGCCCGACCGUAUGACUGAUUAUGCACGGUCUGCCGCCUCUAGAGGUCUUCUAGUCAUCAUAGCAGGAGCCGGAGGGGCAGCGCACUUACCAGGGAUGGUCGCUGCAAUGACGAGUUUGCCGGUGAUUGGUGUUCCGGUCAAGGGCAGCUCCCUGGAUGGUGUUGAUUCCCUGCAUAGCAUUGUGCAGAUGCCGAGAGGUAUUCCUGUUGCAACAGUAGCCAUCAACAAUGCUAGCAAUGCAGGCUUGCUGGCUGUCAGAAUAUUGGCAACUGGUACUCCUGAGAUACUCCACAAGAUGGAUGGCUAUCUCAAGGAUCAAGCAGAUGAAGUAAUAGGGAAGGUUCAGAAGCUAGAAGAGAUAGGAUGGGAGAAGUACCUCAGGAGAUGACAUUAUGUGAUAAUAAUGCAUGACAAUCUGAUACAUCUCACAUGUGUACCUCCUAGAUGUUGUGAGGCACAUCUUUCAACCAGGUCAAGAUGAUCAUAAUGCACCAGGGAAAUCAUGUAUCCUUCAA